CUGAACAACAGAAUCACCAAGUCAGGAUGCUUUGCCUCACUGGGCCUGGCUCCUUCUAUCCACCAGCUGGAGGGAUCCCUGGAGCAAGAGAAGAAGGUGCGCAUGGACCUGGAGCGAGCGAAGCGGAAGCUCGAGGGCGACCUGAAGCUGACACAGGAGAGCAUCAUGGACCUGGAGAAUGACAAGCAGCAGCUGGAUGAGCGGCUGAAAAAAAAAGACUUUGAGCUGAAUGCUCUCAAUGCAAGGAUUGAGGAUGAACAGGCCCUGGGCAGCCAGCUGCAAAAGAAGCUCAAGGAGCUCCAGGCGCGCAUCGAGGAGCUGGAGGAGGAGCUGGAGGCCGAGCGCACCGCCAGGGCCAAGGUGGAGAAGCUGCGCUCAGACCUGUCCCGGGAGCUGGAGGAGAUCAGCGAGCGGCUGGAAGAGGCUGGUGGGGCCACAUCCGUGCAGAUCGAGAUGAACAAGAAGCGUGAGGCUGAAUUCCAGAAGAUGCGGCGGGACCUGGAGGAGGCCACGCUGCAGCACGAGGCCACUGCUGCGGCUCUGCGCAAGAAACACGCCGACAGCGUGGCCGAGCUGGGCGAGCAGAUCGACAACCUGCAGCGGGUGAAGCAGAAGCUGGAGAAGGAGAAAAGCGAGUUCAAGCUGGAGCUGGACGAUGUCACCUCCAACAUGGAACAGAUCAUCAAGGCCAAGGCUAACCUGGAGAAGAUGUGCCGGACCUUGGAAGACCAGAUGAAUGAGCACCGGAGCAAGGCGGAGGAAACCCAGCGUUCUGUCAACGACCUCACCAGCCAGCGGGCCAAGCUACAAACCGAGAAUGGUGAGCUGUCCCGGCAGCUGGAUGAGAAGGAGGCACUGAUCUCCCAGCUGACUCGAGGCAAGCUCACCUACACCCAGCAGCUGGAGGACCUCAAGAGGCAGCUGGAAGAGGAGGUUAAGGCAAAGAACGCCCUGGCCCACGCACUGCAGUCAGCCCGGCAUGACUGUGACCUGCUGCGGGAGCAGUACGAGGAGGAGACGGAGGCCAAGGCCGAGCUGCAGCGCGUCCUGUCCAAGGCCAACUCAGAGGUGGCCCAGUGGAGGACCAAGUAUGAGACGGAUGCCAUCCAGCGGACUGAGGAGCUCGAGGAGGCCAAGAAGAAGCUGGCCCAGCGGCUGCAGGACGCUGAGGAGGCCGUGGAGGCCGUUAACGCCAAGUGCUCCUCGCUGGAGAAGACCAAGCACCGGCUACAGAACGAGAUUGAGGACCUGAUGGUGGACGUGGAGCGCUCCAAUGCGGCCGCUGCAGCCCUGGACAAGAAGCAGAGGAACUUCGACAAGAUCCUGGCUGAGUGGAAGCAGAAGUAUGAGGAGUCACAGUCGGAGCUGGAGUCCUCGCAGAAGGAGGCACGCUCCCUCAGCACCGAGCUCUUCAAGCUCAAGAACGCCUACGAGGAGUCCCUGGAGCACCUGGAGACCUUCAAGCGGGAGAACAAGAACCUUCAGGAGGAGAUCUCCGACUUGACCGAGCAAUUGGGGUCCAGUGGAAAGACUAUCCAUGAGCUGGAGAAGGUCCGAAAGCAGCUGGAGGCCGAGAAGCUAGAGCUGCAAUCAGCCCUGGAGGAGGCCGAGGCCUCCCUGGAACACGAGGAGGGCAAGAUCCUCCGGGCCCAGCUGGAGUUCAACCAGAUCAAGGCAGAGAUCGAGCGGAAGCUGGCAGAGAAGGACGAGGAGAUGGAGCAGGCCAAGCGCAACCACCUACGGGUGGUGGACUCUCUGCAGACC